AUGACACCAGCUCUCAAACGCGGCAGCAGAAAUCGUCCUUCGUCUACAGUCCUGGAAGAAUCUGGUACGAAUCUCCACUUCCUUCUAUCCCCAUAUCCCGCAUUCCCCAUCUAGAGGCUUUCUCUUUUUCCCCUCUUCUUCUUACAAGCCGGCCAACCUCUCAGGAGUCUAACCAAAGUCUCUCUUCCCUCCUAAUACAGCGGGGCGGCGAUCAGGAAAGCGAACGCGUUCGGCAAGUUCAUUGCCUCUCUCCUCGGAACCGGCUGCGUCUAUUUACCCUUCGAUCAACGGUCGUUCCCGUUCAGCAUCUCGCCCUACCGCUAGGGAGCGGCUCCAUCGCGACGUCGAAGGUCCUACGGACGAGUUGAGAGAGCCGGCUUUGGCGGAUCGAAUGGCACCGGACUCCACAACGACCACCGUGGAAAUAGAGACCGUCACCAUCGGAGCUUUGGAAGCACUCAACGGAUCUACCCGAUCGACCCUAACUGGGGGCAGGCGGAAACACACGAGUCACGCAUCGGACCGCGACUCCGUAUCAAGCCUUAGCGAUAUCGGCGAGGACUCAGAAGCCGAGACUGAGCGAUUACACAAUUCACCGCAGAAACAGGGACCGAGGUUGGUCCAACACAAAAGUACAUCAUCUACGGUUGUACCCUUCUCAGUAGAGACGCUUGGAAGAAAAGAAAUGGGGGAUCGGGACGAGGAUCGGGCUACUGGGCUUGGUGAAUCUACACCCGCUACCCCCACCACCUCCUCAAGCCCUAGUAGGAAGCGAAAAAGAGAGACGAAUGGGUCGCCAGCACCGCGACCCGUGGAGGAGCCCAAGAGCAGACAGUCUACCCCUCCUUUAAAGAAGAGGAGCCAAAUUGCUCAAGAAGUGUCGGAAAAUGAAAGCACCAGUGCAAAUAGUAGAAGAGGAUCGAAUACGGAGGCUACUACCGACACUGUUUCCAAUGGAAUUGCUCAGGAUUCAAUAAUGACUAACUCGAAAGAUGUGAGGCCACCAAAGCCGGUCAAGGCUAUUCCUCCGAAAAACGAAGUGGUUCCCGGGAACACGGGAGACGAGCAAGAUCCCGAACCCGUUGUGGAGGCGGAGGCGGAGGCGGACGAGGCUGCUGAUGCCACUACUUCGGCUGCACUAGAGGAAGAGCCUUGUGACAAUGUCGAUACCACCCGAGAAGACGAUGAAGGUAAGUUUGAUUUUUAGUCUCAGCUACAGCGGGACUUUUCUCAUGGGGUCACAGACACAGAACGCGUGAGGAGGAAGAAUGCGGCUAUGGAGGAUUUGGCCGAGAUAGAACGGGUCUUUGCCCAGCUGAAGGAUAGGUAAGCGCUGCGCUUGGAUCCGUAUGGCGUGACAUUCUCGGCUGACGCGCCACACUAGAAUUUACUCGGAGAAGUUGAAGAGGGUUGAUAUGGAGAUGAAGAUGGUGCAAGACGGAACCCAUCCAGAAUUCGUGGCUCAGAAAACUUGUAUCGAUCAAAAAUUAGAAGAGAAGGUUCGGUUGGCGGACGCACACUACAAGUAUGGUAUGGAAUCUCUGUCCAUCGCAACGCGGGUCAGUAGGGCACAGGUGCAUUCUCAAUAUUUUCAAACUGUGCGUCACUUGCGAGAGGAUGCGCUCGAGAAAUGUAGCGAGCUUUGGUACCAGAUCCAGAGGGAAAGGAGAGCUGGCGAUGCUUUGGUUUCAGGUUUGUCCUUGGUAAUACCCGUAUGUUCGUGGGGCAUUUGAUUGUAACACACCGCUGUGCAGAAUUCUCCUAUCGGAUACCAGAUCGCCAGAGUACCAGGAUUAAGCAACGGCAGCAAUAUAAUUGGGAGGUGGCGCUUUUGAGCGGAAUCGCAAAGCACAUCGGGUUUCCUGCGGCACCCGAUGUUGUGGGUGCAUCUGAGGAAGAGAUUGUUGAUGACUUGGAAUGUAUGGGGGUGAGUAUUGGUCCAUUGAGAUUUUGGCCGUAGUUCUUUAUUUCGUUCAGGAGCAAGGAUUUUUCGUUGGUUUGGAUGCUAAUGGGAGUUCUGCAGAUCGCUACACGUGUACCUGCACGAGCAGGUGUAACCGUGCCUCCCACCGGUAGUCUACGCGAGAGAGUACCGGUACCAGAUGACUCCUAUGGGGGACUGCUACCGACCAACUGGUCACAUCCGCAGCCUUCUCCUCCAUCACCUGCGCCACAGCCAGCCCACCAAGCCCCCGGACACCCUCAUGUACACAUACACCAUCACCACCACCACAACCGUAGACAUACUGGACCUAAUCAACCCGACCAGGCCCCUUACCUUGCACGCCGUGGUCCGUCGGCUCAGGGCCAUAAUCCUGGGCAUCAACCAUCGGCCGUGUCGCUAUCCUCUUUGCUCCAAAAUGAUGUUAUCAAAAUGGAGGGUCCGUCCACGCACCCCCCCAGCACCUCUUCAAUGGGUGCUACGCCUCAUCCUCCCCCACGGGCGUCCCAGUUGUAUUCUUCACAAAGUGCUCAACACUCCCUUCCCCCUCCAACUUCUCUCCAGCAGCACAUGAACCCAUUUGCUCGUCCUAGCAAUGCCGAUUCUCACCAAGGUCACCCAUCAGCACCUCAGAGGCUUGAUAUAGGCAGAGGCUCAACACCUGGAGACGCAAGGACAUAUAGUGCCAUGGGAGGAAGGGGGAGUGAGGUCCUAGAUGGAGGGCUCCGAAAGUUGAAAGAGGAAAAUGACAGUGCUAUAGGGAUUGGUCCUCCUGUGCUUGGUGCGCCUGCACCGUUGAGGUAUGGUCCUAGAAUGAGCUAUUCGUGAUCAACCUUUUUCUCUCCACUGUAGGUAUUCAUAAGGCCCAGGCGCUGUCAAUUUUCUCCUUUUCUAAACACGGGGGGGGGGGUUUUUUUUUGUCCGGGGCGAAUUGUGUACAGGGUAUUCCUAAGAUUGGGAUGUUCUAAUGUUUUCCUCUUGCCAUCAUCGUCAUCUUUCGCAGCGUUAUUGAUGUCUCUAACGCUCACAUGGAAUGUCGACCUUUCGUGUAUCCUUAACAUUUCCGCUGUUUUCAUGAACUUUCACCUUGGGUCUGGGUCUGCUCUUUGUAUUUAAUGUGGAGUACCUAAUUUCGGAUGGGCGGAAGUUUGCAUGGGUUGGAUGGAGAACGAGAGCGGUGGUCCGUGUUUGGUUGAGGUUCUUGUUUUUUCUGUUUUUUUUUGUAAAAGCUAUUUUUUCUUUCUCUCCUCUCUCAUUCCCAUUUCAUGUAUCCGUGUUAAAUACCUCUCAUUACCAUACCCCUCUUUCUUGUCCUUAGGCUGUCUGGCGGCGGAGUUUUUAUUUUAUCUUUUAUUUUUACCUCUUUGUCACUUCCUUCACUCAGAUUCCCCAUUAUUCCAUGCGUCCGGGGAGCUAGGCUUUUGGAGGGACACGAACGUUACCGUCAGAUGUUUUGGUACUCUUGGCAAUAUCAGAUGGUGAUGUGAUGGUUCGGUACUGUGCUUGUAACUUAACGGUGUCGCAGUAGGGAGGCUCAAAAGUUCUCGGUACACGGAAGGUGCAGGUGUUUCGGUAGAGGUGUAUUUUUUUGGGGAAUUAUGGUACACAGCAAACCUCCUUGGGAGGAGGGAUGCAGCGUACCAGUACAGCACAGAGGUGCGGUCAUUUUUAUCCAAGCAGUACACCUGUAUAUUUGCGGGGUAUAUUGUGUGCUCGGUUCGCAGCGUACUGAGAGCUUUAAACCUCCCUAAUAGUCCAAGAUAGUCCAAGUCACAGUACUCGUACACUGUACGAGUACCGUACCCGUAUCACAAAAUUGAAGCUUUGUUCGGUCCACCAACCCCCCCCCCGGAACCAUGAUACUCGAGUAGACCCUUCUUGGAAUGAUGUGACGUAUGAUAAAAAUGAGAAAAGCGGCUUUGCGAUUAUCUUUGGGGGCUAGCUUGACUCCCUAAGAGUCUUAUCUUAUCGAUAAGCCAGUUACCGGUGGUGGCACCCAUCCUCCACAUCUAAAUUAGCCUGCCCUUGCCCAGUUAUCGGUACCGGUAUCCGCAUCGCCACUUCCUGCAGCCGCCAACUUCGCCACAGGGAAGUUGAGGGGCAUCGACGGCGAUAGCAGGGAGGUUCAGGGCUCUCAGCACGCUGCAAACGGGCACACAAUAUACACUGAAAACACAAGUGCACCGUUUUGAACGUCACCGAUAACUGCCAUCAGGAACAGUAUAUUAGCUUGCUUGUGCUUGCCCGGCAAGUGUCGCUAGUGUGACAGACUGAGUAAAGUGCAGAUAGGGAUGAUGGAUAGAAUGACCGUACCUCUGCACUCAAGUACCAGUAUGCUGCUCCCGAGGAGGUUUGCGGUGUACCGUAAUUUCCAGAAAAUACACCUCUACCAAACACCUGUACUCGAGUACCUUCCAUGUACUGAGAGCUUUGAAUCUCCCUACCAGUAGACUAAGUGUGAGUAAGUGUACGUACAGGUACCGGAACGGUAGGUUCUUAUUGCUCCAGCCAAUGAGGAUUCUAGGGCUGCCUCGAUGAUCCAGGAUUUACGAUAC